UUACGCGCGCAAACUUCACGGUGAAGGUUGUUUGUUAGAUGCAGUCUAUUAGUUCAGACAAAGAAGAUAUGGAAGAAGCUGAAAUGGAUCUUCCAGUGUCGUGUAGUUUUACUGAUCAAGCUAAGCAACGUGAAAUCCACCAGAGAAAAAUUAAUAAGACUAUUAUUGAAAAUCGCAUAAAAACCAAAGCACUCCGCAAAGCUAAACGUAAUGACGGCUGCCAGUCUAGUGAAAUAGCUUGCCAAGAAAUCCAAUAUAUACCGCUGAAGGAUAAGGAAAAGUCAAAUGAAAAGGACUAUCUAGAAGAAGAAUUUAACUGUCCGGGAUAUUUUAACACAUCAGAUCAUCUUCAAUUUGGUGAAGACGAUGGUGAUCAACCUCCCAUACAAAAUAAAUCUCAAUCCUUGGACAUAUCAGCCAGCUCUUCACCGAACGAGAAUGAACUACUAUACGGCAAUGAGUCCGAUGAAGGGUAUGAUGGCAGUGAAGAGCACGAUAAGAAUAAAUCAAAGACAAUACUUUUUGACAAUAUUGAUUCUUUUACAAUUAACACCUUGAAAUCCAAGGGAUCUGAUUUUGAAACACGAAAUCACAAGUCAUGGAAAAAAAUAAACAGGUUGAAUGGGAUUCAUGUUCGAAUACUGGAUAGCGCAAAUAUUGAAAACACGGCUCGUCAAAGAUGUGACAGUUUUCGAAAAAACCAAUUGUAUUCCUCUUCGUAUUCCGGGAGGUAUGGAGAUGUUAAGCGAGUCACACCAAGCUUACUGAGAAACUUAUCAAGAAAGAAGAAAGCUAGAGCUGGAAUGCGUUAACUAUUUGACUAGAAAUCCUGUAAAUAUGAUUUUUGUUUGUUCUGUCAUUAAUUUGGUAAUCGCUCAAUGACGCUAUUCGAUCUACUGCUUGUUUUUAGAGUAAACUGUGUUUAUGUAAUAUAAAGCGCGGUGAUACUUUCUGAAAA